UUCGCGGAUUUGUAAAGUUUAAAACAACUAAGAAAAACAGUGUUUAAAAUAAAUUAAAUAAUAAGCUAAAAAGUGAUUAGAAAAUUAAAAAAAAAAUUACACAAUAAACAAAAGAAAUCUUCCUUAAAAAAAACCAAAACCAAAUAGUUUCCGCAAUAAAUUAUAAUUACAAAUAAUAAUUGAAACUAACAGCGAUUGUCCUCAGUCCGCUGUUGAAAAGAAAAAAAAACAAAAAGCAAAGCUAACAAGCAGAAAAACCAUCAUUUUGUGUCACAGGGGUUUUUGAAAAAUUUCCAAAAUUGCGAAACAUAUUUUGAGCUUUUUAAAAAAGAAAAAAACUCCUCACAACUCUAGUGCAGCGGGCGAGGACAACAAGACCACACAGCAGCAGGAGUCCGCACAGCUUGCCAAGCAGCUUGAGCCAAGCAGUCCAGGGGCGUCGUCUAGCAAGUCGUCGCCAUCGCUGACGGCCAAUAAGUUGGACUCUGCCACUGCUCGGCCGCAGGCGUCGUCCACAUCUCCAUCGCAGUCUUCGUCGUCGUUGCUACAUCCUGUUGCCGGAGCGCAGAAAUCCACCAAAAUAACUCCGCCUACAGGUCCACACUCGUCCUCAACUUCGUCACUUACUACCGCCCAGGCAGCCACAGCCGCCAGCGAUAGUUCGGACGCACAAGUGUCUACCACAGCAACCUUUCGUCUAUCAGCGCUUACCGGUACCAUCUCGAAAAUGGGCAACAACGCCACUACAUCCAACAAGAAGGUUGACGCUGCCGAAACCGUCAAGGAGUUUAUCGAACAGGCCAAAGAGGAGUUUGAGGAGAAAUGGCGCCGCAAUCCCACAAAUACCGCCUGUCUCGAUGACUUUGAACGCAUCAAGACACUGGGCACGGGCUCUUUCGGUCGCGUCAUGAUAGUACAACACAAGCCGACAAAAGACUACUACGCCAUGAAGAUACUCGACAAGCAGAAGGUCGUCAAACUGAAGCAGGUCGAACACACACUCAACGAGAAGCGUAUUCUGCAGGCCAUUUCCUUUCCUUUCUUGGUUUCCCUACGCUACCACUUCAAGGACAACUCCAACCUCUACAUGGUGCUGGAGUAUGUGCCCGGCGGCGAGAUGUUCUCGCAUCUGCGCAAGGUGGGUCGCUUCUCGGAGCCCCACUCGCGCUUCUACGCAGCCCAGAUCGUACUCGCCUUUGAGUAUUUGCACUAUCUCGACUUGAUAUAUCGCGAUUUGAAGCCGGAGAAUCUGCUUAUCGACUCACAGGGCUACCUCAAGGUAACCGAUUUUGGUUUUGCCAAAAAGGUCAAGGGCCGCACUUGGACUCUUUGCGGCACACCCGAAUACCUCGCCCCCGAGAUCAUUCUCUCGAAGGGCUACAACAAGGCCGUCGACUGGUGGGCCCUCGGUGUGCUCGUCUACGAAAUGGCCGCCGGCUAUCCACCCUUCUUUGCCGACCAGCCCAUACAGAUUUACGAGAAAAUCGUGUCGGGUAAGGUGCGUUUCCCCUCACACUUUGGCUCCGAUCUGAAGGAUCUGUUGCGCAACCUGUUGCAGGUCGAUCUAACCAAACGCUAUGGCAACCUGAAGGCCGGCGUUAACGAUAUUAAAAAUCAGAAAUGGUUUGCAUCCACAGAUUGGAUAGCGAUCUUCCAAAAGAAAAUCGAGGCUCCAUUUGUGCCACGGUGUAAAGGACCCGGCGAUACAAGUAAUUUCGAUGACUACGAGGAAGAGGCGCUGCGGAUCUCAAGCACCGAAAAGUGCGCCAAAGAGUUUGCUGAAUUCUAAUUGUAUUCUUUUAAUUUUUAUUGUUUCUUUACUAAAACUAAACAACAAAAUAAUAAUAA